AUGGACAAAAAUUUAGAAGCCAUGGAUACUGAAUUAAAAGAAUUAGCUAUAUCACUUUUUGAAAUAGACGCGUUUAAAUUUGGAGAAUUUGUAACCAAAAUUGGUCUAAAAACUCCAAUAUAUUUUGACUUAAGGGUAUUAGUUUCUCAUCCAAAAAUAAUGGCUCGUUUGGCUAGAAUGUUAUGGACAUUUGCAGAAGAAUGCUCGGAUGUAGCACAAAUUUGUGGUGUUCCUUAUACAGCUCUACCUCUAGCUACUUUAAUUUCUGUAGAUUCCAAUGUUCCUAUGUUAAUCAAAAGAAAGGAAGUAAAGGCAUAUGGUACAAAGAAAAUUAUAGAAGGAAAUUUUAAGCAAGGAGACAAUUGUGUGAUUAUUGAGGAUGUAGUUACAAGUGGUAGCAGUAUUUUAGAAACGGCACAUAUCUUAAGGAAAGAAGGUUUAAAGGUGAUAGAAGCAUUUGUAGUAAUUGAUAGAGAACAAAAUGGCAAGCAAAAUAUAGAGAAUCAUGGAAUUAGAGUGAAGAGUCUCUAUACAACCACCAGACUACUGGCAUACCUUUUAGAAGCCAAUAAAAUUACACCCAAAAUUGUUAAAGAUGUGACUGAUUAUUUAUUAAAAUUCCAGGCACCAAUCAUUCCUCUUCAAGACAAGCGAUUAAAGAUUCCAUUUCAUGUUCGUGCUUCCAAAGCUAAAAACGCAAUUGCUUCUAAAUUGUUUAAUCUAAUGGAAUCAAAGCAGUCUACUAUAUGUUUAGCGGCAGAUUUGACUAAAGCUGAUGCUGUGAUAGAGCUGGCAGAUUUAACAGGACCACACAUAGUGUUGUUCAAAACACAUGUAGACAUAUUAGAAGAUUUUAGCAAUGAUUUCAUCAAACGUUUAAAAGAAUUAGCCAAGAAGCAUAAUUUUUUAAUAAUGGAAGAUAGAAAAUUUGCUGAUAUCGGAAAUACGGUAUCUUUACAAUAUGAAAAAGGCAUAUAUAAAAUAGCAGAAUGGGCAGAUAUCGUUACAGUGCAUGCUAUCGCGGGUCAAAGUAUUAUAGAUGGCUUGAAGAAUGGUUUACAAAAAAUAAGCGAGUCCCGUGGUUUAUUUAUCUUGGCGGAAAUGUCUUCCAAAGGAGCAUUAACCAUUGGUGAAUACGCGUUGGGCGCAGUGACUAUUGCACAAAGUUCGGAUAUGGUAGCUGGAAUUGUUUGUCAAUCGAACAUUUUUUCGAAUUUAGGGCUUGUUCAAUUGACACCUGGCGUAAAAUUAUCACAAGGUUCCGAUAAUACAGGACAACAGUACAAUACUCCAGAAUUUGUGGUAAAUUCUGGAGCUGACUUAGCUGUAGUUGGUAGAGGUAUUAUUGAAGCAGAAGAUAAAUUAGCUGCUACAUUAGAAUAUAAAGAGAAGCUUUGGACAGCUUACCUGAAACGAAUAUCGGACCAUUAA